AUGGCUCGAGACAGAUCGCGCGAUCGGAAAGAUCGCAAGCGUUCGAGAUCGCGCGAGCGGAAUCGUGAGCGUCGUCGAAGCAAAUCACGAUCGCCGCGGCGCGAACGUGAUCGCGAACGCGAGCGCGAUCGUCGUCGCGAACGCGAAAAGGAGAAGAAGCGCGAGACACAAGUGAGUUUCGAGAUCGAGGAGACGAAAAACGACGUCGACGAGAUCGUACGAAUGAAGACCACCGAUCUCGAGAAGCUCACCGAGGAGCGACGCCGCAAAAUCGAAUUGUGGCGAGCGAAACGAAAGAAGGAUAAGCUCGAGCUUCAAGAGGAGCAAGCCUCAUCGUCGCAGAAGAAGAAGUCAUGGAAUCUUGAUGAUGAAGACGAUGAUGAGUUCGACGUCAAUUUGAGCGAAAAUGCCGAAAAUGGUGAUAAAAAGGAGGCCGAGGUUAAGAAACCUGAACCGCCUGUUAAAGCCGAGCAAAGCGAUGAGGAAGAUCCGCUCGAUGCUUUCAUGAAGGGAAUUGCGAAAUCAAAUGCAAAACCAAAGGUAAGUUGUCAGAAAACUGGCUCAAAAAUUGUGACGAUUAUCACCGAGCAGAAACCGGAAAAGGAGAAAGGCGAGGUGAUGGAGAACGAGGACAACGUCGACAUCAAUAUCGACGAUUUCGACAUCGAAGCGGCCAAUGCAAGUUUAUGCCAUAAGGGACGAAUGUUGGCACAAACUGAUCACAGCAAAGUCUAUUAUAGGAGUUUCAAGAAGAAUUUUUAUAUCGAGACCGAUGAGAUUAAAAAUAUGACAAAAGCGGAAGUGAAAGCCUUCCGACUGGAGAAUGACGAUAUUACCGUAAAAGGUGUUGAUUGUCCGAAACCGAUCAAAACUUGGGCUCAAUGUGGCCUCAAUCUCAAAAUGAUGAACGUGCUUAAAAAAUAUAAUUACACGAAGCCGACGCCAAUUCAAACGCAGGCAAUUCCGAGCAUCAUGUCGGGAAGAGAUGUGAUUGGAAUCGCAAAAACUGGAAGCGGAAAAACGUUGGCGUUCCUUCUGCCCAUGUUCCGACACAUUUUGGAUCAACCCGAAUUGGAAGAAGGAGAUGGUCCCAUUGCUGUUAUAAUGGCGCCGACGCGUGAAUUGGCUAUGCAAACAUGGAAAGAAGCGAAUAAAUUUGCAAAGGUGUUGAAUUUGCGGGUAGUUUGCGUCUACGGUGGUGUUGGAAUUUCAGAGCAAAUUGCAGAUUUGAAACGCGGCGCUGAAAUUAUCGUGUGCACACCGGGACGAAUGAUCGACAUGUUGGCGGCGAAUAGCGGAAAAGUCACAAAUUUACGACGAGUUACCUAUCUUGUGCUUGACGAAGCCGAUAGAAUGUUCGAUAUGGGAUUUGAGCCGCAGGUAAUGAAAGUUGUGAACAACAUUCGGCCGGAUCGACAGACGGUUUUGUUCUCGGCGACGUUUCCCCGUCAAAUGGAAGCGCUGGCGCGAAAGAUUCUCGACAAGCCGGUCGAGAUACUCGUCGGCGGCAAAAGCGUCGUGUGUUCGGACGUCACACAGAACGCCAUCAUCACCGAGGAGCAUCAGAAGCUUCUCAAGUUGCUCGAGCUCCUCGGAAUGUAUUAUGAGCAGGGCGCGAGUAUCGUGUUCGUCGACAAACAGGAAAAAGCGGAUGACAUUGUCAAUCAGUUGAUUAAGAGCGGCUAUACGUCGGUGGCACCUCUUCACGGCGGAAUCGAUCAGUUCGAUAGGGACUCGACGAUAUCCGACUUCAAAACUGGAGUUAUUAAAGUUUUGGUAGCGACUUCGGUUGCUGCUCGCGGUCUCGAUGUCAAGAAUCUGAUUCUCGUCGUCAACUAUGAUUGUCCGAAUCAUUACGAGGAUUAUGUGCACCGAGUUGGACGAACAGGAAGAGCUGGACGAAAGGGCUACGCCUACACAUUCGUGCUUCCGGAGCAUCAAGAAAAAAUGGCGGGCGAAAUUUGUCGGGCGUUCGAGACUGCCGGAUGCAAGGCGCCGCCCGAAUUGAAAGCGAUGUUCGAGAGAUUCAAAAAGGAAAUGGCCGAUCAGGGCAAGGAAGUCAAGCUCGGUGGAAAAGGAUUCGCCGGAAGCGGCUACAAGUAUAAUGAGGAUGAGGCUGAAGCGGACGCCACCAAGAAGAAACUUGCCAGACUGGUGCAUGGAAUGGAAGCAGGCGCUGAGGAUGAAGAUGAUCUGGACGAGCAAUUGAACAAUAUGAUCAAGACGAAGAGGCGCGUCGUCCACGGACACAUGAAGGGAGCUCAAUCGGAGAAGAAGAUCACCGAAAAAGCGGCUGAUAAGAUUGCUUUGGCUAAAGAACGCGCUGAGCAGCUGGCGUCUCGUCUGAACGCCGCUAAGCCGGUCGUCGAGAAAGAUAAAGCUCAACAAACUGCAGAAGCCGUCAUGAGGGGCGGCGAAUUGGCGCCGAUCGAGCUGUCGAAGGCGAUGUUGGCGAAACAGAUGGCGGAGAAAUUGAACGAGAAACUCAAUUAUGUUGGCGGCGAAGCGGCGCCGACGCAAAAUCAAGAAGAAGCUUGGGAGUAUUUCGAAGAAGAAUGGGACAUCAACGAUUUUCCGCAACAGGUUCGAUGGAAAAUUUGCAGUCGGGAAACUGUCGGACAUGUUGCCGAAUUGGCGGAUGUCGGUAUUAGCGUUCGUGGAGCACACGUGCCGAAUGGAAAGGAAGCAAAGAACGGCGAACGACGUCUUCAUUUGCUUCUGGAGGCGAGAAGCGAACGAAAUUUGCGUCUGGCGAAAGAGGAAAUCAUUCGAAUAAUGAAAGAGGCGUUCAGGCAACUGACCGCUCAAAUCCAGCGCGGUGGAGCACAAUCUCGAUACAAAGUUUAA